AUGCCCGGCUUCGACUACAAGUUCCUGGAGAAGCCCAAGCGGCGGCUGCUGUGCCCGCUGUGCGGGAAGCCCAUGCGGGAGCCCGUGCAGGUCUCCACCUGCGGCCACCGCUUCUGCGACACCUGCCUGCAGGAGUUCCUCAGUGAAGGAGUCUUCAAAUGCCCUGAGGACCAGCUGCCUCUGGACUAUGCCAAGAUCUACCCGGACCCAGAGCUGGAGGUGCAGGUCCUGGGCCUGCCCAUCCGCUGCAUCCACAGCGAGGAGGGCUGCCGCUGGAGCGGGCCACUUCGUCACCUACAGGGUCACCUGAACACCUGCAGCUUCAAUGUAGUCCCCUGCCCCAACCGCUGCCCCACCAAGCUGAGCCGCAGAGACCUGCCUGCACACCUGCAACACGACUGCCCUAAGCGGCGCCUCAAGUGCGAGUUCUGUGGCUGCGACUUCAGCGGGGAGGCGUUUGAGAGCCACGAGGGCGUGUGUCCCCAGGAGAGCGUGUACUGUGAGAACAAGUGUGGUGCCCGCAUGAUGCGGAGGCUGCUGGCCCAGCAUGCCACCUCCGAGUGCCCCAAGCGCACCCAGCCUUGCACCUACUGUGCCAAGGAGUUCGUCUUUGACACCAUCCAGAGCCACCAGUAUCAGUGCCCGAGGUUGCCUGUGCCCUGCCCCAACCAGUGUGACGUGGGCACCGUGGCCAGGGAGGACCUGCCAGGCCACCUGAAGGACAGCUGUAGCACUGCCCUGGUGCUGUGUCCAUUCAAAGACUCCGGCUGCAAGCACAGGUGCCCAAAGCUGGCAAUGGCCCGGCACGUGGAGGAGAGUGUGAAGCCCCAUCUGGCCAUGAUGUGCGCCCUGGUGAGCCGUCAGCGGCAGGAGCUUCAGGAGCUGCGGCGGGAGCUGGGGGAGCUGUCAGUGGGCAGCGACGGGGUGCUCAUCUGGAAGAUUGGCAGCUACGGGCGCCGGCUCCAGGAGGCCAAAGCCAAGCCCAACCUGGAGUGCUUCAGCCCCGCCUUCUACACACACAAGUAUGGCUACAAGCUGCAGGUGUCUGCGUUCCUCAACGGCAAUGGCAGUGGUGAGGGCACACACCUCUCGCUGUACAUCCGCGUGCUGCCAGGUGCCUUUGACAAUCUCCUGGAGUGGCCCUUUGCCCGCCGCGUCACCUUCUCCCUGCUGGAUCAGAGCGACCCUGGGCUGGCUAAGCCGCAGCAUGUCACUGAGACCUUUCACCCUGACCCAAACUGGAAGAAUUUCCAAAAACCAGGCACUUGGCGGGGCUCCCUGGAUGAGAGUUCUUUGGGUUUUGGUUACCCCAAAUUCAUCUCCCACCAGGAUAUCCGCAAGCGAAACUAUGUGCGGGAUGAUGCAGUCUUCAUCCGUGCCUCAGUUGAAUUGCCACGGAAGAUCCUCAGCUGA